AUGACGACCCUGCUACUCAUCUCCUUGGUCAGCUGUCUCGUUGCCGUGAAUCAAGCCAGCCUCAUCAACCGAUGUGACUUGGCCAAUGUGCUGCACCAGGAGGACUUGGAUGGCUUUGAGGGCUACUCCCUGAGCGACUGGCUGUGCCUGGCUUUCGUGGAAAGUCACUUCAACAUAACAAAGGUAAAUGAAAAUACAGAUGGCAGCUUUGACUAUGGCAUCUUCCAGAUCAACAGCCACUACUGGUGCAAUGAUGACAAGAGUCACACGGAAAACAUUUGCCAAGUGGACUGUCAAGAAUUGCUGAGCCUCAAUCUUCUUUCAAACAUCAACUGUGUGAAAAAAAUUGUGUCCGGAACAGGGGGGAUGAAGAACUGGGUAAAAUGGAGGUUGCACUGUGCAGACCGGCCACUGUCCUACUGGAUGACAGGAUGCCACCUGGCAUGAGACAGGGAACAGGCCUGUGGUGGAGUCAUUCCAGAACUCCUCUCCUCACUUGGGAAUUCUUCAUUUCUUCUUCCUCUUGCCUCCACCUCGU